AUUGAGCAGACGGAAUCAGCGUUCUCACAGCAGCAACAAUCAAAUCUUACGAGCAACACUAGCAGCAAUAAUAAUAAUAAUAAUCACCCGUCAAUAAUCGUUGAGCAAGACGACGAACCAGAAGAUGAUUUGGAGGAUGAUUUGACGGUAGACGGAGUGACAGAGAGUGUUGAUCAACUGCCGGACUUAUCACCAUCAGGAUCCGUGACCAGUAUGGUUCUCGAUCCUAUCAGAAUGCCAAAAUUACCGUCUACAGUCUCACUAGAUAGAAUGCCAUCUGACAGCACUGCCACAGCACCAACAAAACACAUUUUUGCAAUUCAUCACAGUCAGUCUUCAGUAUGUGUUCACAACGCAUCUGAUCUGCAACACCAACAAAAGCACGCUGCACUGUUUAAUCAACGUAGAGCUAGUAUUAUUUCACACGGUGACAGUGCAAAUUCUUCAGAUAUGAGUACACAACCACCGUUAAAAGUCUCCACACCAGCUGCCGUUUUAUCAAUGCCGUGUAGGAAUAUCCCACAGGUAAUAGGUUGUGUCUAG